AUGGAUGACUUUGCCCGUCUUCCACGUGACCAAAAGGCUGCCUGGACUUCAUAUGAUAUGGCGCCACAUAAUUCUCGACCUUCCUCCCGAGAAUCUUGGUCCAGGCAUUCCCAACCAUAUGACUAUCGGACCUCAAGUAACGGAUAUAGUGGGACAUCGCAUAGGCGCAAUCAGGAUUCUGUGAACGGAAGCCAACACCAUCAGUUGCCAUUAAUCCGCUAUAAUCACGACUUUUUGCUGUUUGAUGAUAAACCGUCAUCCGUCGCUUAUCCCGUCUCUUCGGAGAGUCAGCGGGGGCAUAGACAGGUAACCCGAAUGGCCCACAACGAUCAAGACACAGUUGCUUCGAGUAUCGCACAUAGUCGUUCUCAUCGCGAGAGCGGUUAUGCCACGUCAAAAAGCUCUAAGAAUGGAGAUGUCUCUGAUGAGGUCUGGCAUCGAUCUAGCCAUAAAGACAGGUAUCAGGUGCCAGUCCCGCCGAAGGCUCCCAGGAUUCCAAGACUCCCAACGCCUGAUUUCGACGACAUGGACUAUAGUGAGUUCGAUUUAUCGAACCAUCAAUUCUGCGCAUGCUGCGGGAAGAAUGGUGGUUUCGGGGGAGAGUCUCGACGAGGUGAAUGUACUGCAGCAAAGAUGGGAAGGCGGGUGCUCGAAGCGAAGGCUUAUAUUGCAUAUAAGGACAAGCAGGCUCGAUGA